AUGUACCGAGUAUUCCAACGACGUCAAGAUGGUUCUGUCAACUGUUUUCGUGACUGGGAUGAUUAUAAACAUGGAUUCGGUGAACUGGAUGGUGAAUUCUGGCUUGGCAAUGAGUACGUUAACAUUCUUACCAAUGAUGGUGAAACACAUGAGCUAAGGAUUGAUCUUGAAGACCAUGACGGGAAUCGUGCCUAUGCAAAAUAUAGUAAAUUUAAGGUAGGUCCAGAGAGCACAAACUACACGCUAGAAGUGAAUGGUUAUUCCGGUGAUGCUGGUGACUCGCUGUUCAAGCCUAGUAUUAAUGGUCACAUACAUAACGGAAUGCAGUUCUCUACAAAGGACAGGGAUAAUGACCAAACAGGUGGUAACUGUGCAUCCUACUGGAAUGGCGCAUGGUGGUUUAACAGUUGCUUUGCUUCACAUUUGAACGGUUUAUUUCAGAAUGCAGAAAAAAAUUGA